AUGAGUGGCAGCUCCGGGUACAACCGACGGACCAGAGAUCGGAAGCAUCGCUCUCCCCUGUCCGUCUCGUCCCGUCUAUCUGUGCUCUCGCCUGCCCACGUCGCCGGGGACACAGCAGGCAAGCAACGGUUAUCUUCUGUGCCAAAGGAGAUUUCGCAGCAGUCCACUCACCGCUUACGCGUCUGCAUCCGGGCUAAACUACAGGUCACGCAGAGCGCAAACCCCGCUACCGGCGCACAAGCGCCCAGCACUCGCAGCCCGCAGCAAGCCCGAGUGCCGCCGGCGCAGGUCGCAGCCCCGGGGCGGAGCUGGCGGCGGCGGCGUGGGCAGGGAGGAGGCGGCGCAGGCGGAGCAGAGCCGGGGCUGGCGGGGGCAGCGCGGCGCGGGCGGCGGAGCGGCGGGAUGCGGCAGUGCCGGGCCGCGGGGCUGGCGGGGCUGGCCGCGGUGCUGCUGGUGGCUGUGAGCACAGCCCAGGUGCAGCAGGAGCCGUCGGCAGGGACCAGCGAAGGCACCGGUAUCAACAUCACCUGCUCACACCCCAACAUCCAGUCUUAUGAUUACAUCUACUGGUACCGUCAGCUCCCGAGCAGGAGCCCCGCAUUCAUCGAGUUCAUCCACCAAGGCUCCAAGGAGCUGCAUGAGUUGGCUGGGCAGCUAUCGAUGUCGGCAGACCGCCGCUCCAGCGCCCUAUGGCUCGCCCGGCCCCGGUUCGGGGACGCGGCGGUGUAUUACUGCGCCGUGAACCCACGGGGCGUGGAGUCGGGGCUGCGGCAGAGCAAGAACAGCUUCGGGCGGGGCGGGUGGGGCGGGCGGCGGCGCAGUGCCGUCCGGACCCGCAGGGGGCGCUGCCGCUCCUUCCGCCGGGCCGCGUCUCCUCUCCCGGCCGCGCCGAGCUGACAGUGUCGGCACGGAACGCGUCCCUCGCACUGCUCGGCAUCCCAGAGUAAGAGAUUCCAGCUGCGCACCUUCAUGAACACGGCAUGUCGAGAUCACAGACACCUUCAAGUGGUCCCCACUGUGGCUCUGUUUUAAGACCAUGAGCUUGUGUGACAGGAUUCGGGGUCUUUGGAGGUGAGGUCCAGGACUGCUUUUUUAUUAAACCCCCAUACGCAGCUCAGCUCCACACAGCCUCAGGGUCACUGGGUGGAAUGGAGGAGAGAAUAAGGAAAGGUAAAUGCAUGAACCAAGAACUCAUGGGCUGAGAUAGUAUAUAAGGCAAACUCAAUGACGAGCGUGCAAGUAAACCAAAACAAUGAAUUCAUUCACUACAUCUAAUCAGUAGGCAUGUAUGCAGGCACAUGUUCAGCCACUUCCAGGAAAGCAGGGCUCACCACGCAGAACAGUUUCUUGGGAAGACAAUCACCAUCUCUCCAAACAUCCCCGCUGUCUUUCUUCUUCAGCUUUUGUUGCUGAGCAUGACCUCAGAUGGCAUGGAAAGUCUUUGGUUGGUUUUGUCAGCUGUUCUGACUGUCAUCUCCAAGAUUCUUGUGCGCUAUGAAUCCUCACUGACAGGGCAGCAUCAGAGACAGUAAAAUCCUUUAUUCUGUACAAGCACUGCAACAACUACAAUCAGGAUGAGGAGAUCAGAUAAGAACUCGGAGUAGAUGCACUGCAACCCCAAGAGAUGCCAGGUUCAUACUGCAAGAUGGAUUGACUCAGAGAGAUGUGCAACAUUAUUCUAAGCAGUUGAAUGUCUGAGGUUAGUGAGAGGUGCAACAACGCCUCUGGAAAGAGGCUCUGAGAUCCAGAUCCUCACAGGGAAAAUUUGUGUAGCUCCCCCAGCUGACCCAGCUGUUUAAGCCCAUGUUCAAAGGCUUCAGAAGCACAGAGCAAAGGAUCAAAUCCUAAAUGUUUUCCUUCCCCUAAACAUCCCAUGUCCAGUGCAAUACCCAAAUACAUUUCUACAGCAUCCCAUGCAGAUUCUGAAGUAUGAUGGUUGUACUCCACGUCAGGUUUGAGGUAAGGACAGGGCAUGUGUCAGAAAGAGAGAUGGGACAGAGGGAAAUGGAAGAAGGGAAAGAGAAGGAGGGGGCAUGUAGAGAAAAGCAUCUCUGAGAGGUAUGGAAGGUGGAUGAGAUGAACCAUUCCUGUCUGGCUGGAAUAAGAAAGCCAUGGUCUGGAUCCCACCUGGAGAUGGAAUUCAGGUCUGUCCUCAUGCUGGGAUGGAUCCCAAGUUCUGAGAGGGAGGACUUGGAAUCCUGCAGGGAACAUGGACAUUUGAGACAGCAAAUAAUAAUAAAUGCUUCAUAAAAGAGAGGGCAGAAAUGGACUCAUUCAGGAAGGAGUUUCAAAAGGCCUGAAUAUGUAUUUGUACAUGUGUUCCAUUUGAAACUGAUUGUUUAUUUGAUCACUUUCCCUUUUCCUUUGUUUAACUGUGCUGAAAACUCAAUGCCAUGACUUUCUGAUGGUGCUGCUGAGAGGCACUUCAAAGCCUGGACUCAGGAUGGGAUUUCUCCCCAAAUCUUUGACUCAAGGCACUCAGUUUUCUCUGAGGAUAGACAGCUUUCAGCACCUCAAGGAACCUGCAAACAAGAGCAGAUUCAGCAGAGGCCACUGCAAGGUGUGUUGGCUGUGAGGGCUA